AUGCAGGCGCUAGUAAAUGGUGCUCCGGUGAUAAUGCCGUGGCAGAAAGUGGACAGUAUUGACGGAGCUUCGCUUAUUUCGCUUCACAGAAAUGAUGACUGGACUAUCCUGAAAACGUAUGAUGGACUGAUGGUGCGAUGCAACAGUCAAUGGCACAUUUGUGAAAUUAUAUUGCCGGGAAGGAUGCAUGGACGAAGCAAUGGCCUGCUCGGACCUAAUGACAAUGAACCCUCCAACGAUCAAAAUCUGGUGGAUGGAAGGCAUAAUGAUCAGUUGAAUGUUUUGGCUGAGCACUGGGCAGUUAAUGGAGCGUGUCGUCGAAAUGAAGCGCCGGAUUUGACUCACCGUGAUGAUGAGCACUGUCAGUCUUACUUCCAAAGUUCAAGUAGCCCGCUUCGACUCUGUUUCGCUCAGGUGCGGAAUUUUUUUUUUGUACAAUGUUUCGUUUUCUUAAUAAUAAAUCACCUAGCGGCUCACUAA